AUGAGGAAAAACGAACAUAUCAGAAGUCCAAACUCCAGAAAUGAACGAGCACGAACGAGCUGUCUCAACCUAGCUGCUAAAAAGGAAAAGACGGAUGUCAAAACUGUUGUUCUGCUUUCGGACGGUGGGGCAGAUACGUGUUGGCAGUACUGGAUUUGUGAUUCGACUGAUGAAUGGAUUCCGUUUAUGACUAACCAGUUGGAACAAGCGACCUUGAUACGGAGAGCAGGGGUGCAGUUCAUUUAUGUAGCAGUAGGAGAAGAGAUCAAUCCGAAACAUUGGAGAUACAAUACAACAAAAUACGAUAUUAUAGCAAUUGCUGGAGGAGAACAGAACGUUAUUUAUGCCGGAGAAUACAAGGUCUAG